AAUAAGAUGCAUGAUGGUAAGGGUGGCUGCGUAAACUCACGUGAGCCCAUUCCUAUGACAUUGACUCCCGAGCAAGUACAAAAGCAACGCGAGCUUAUAAAGCAAACACAUGGCUACACUCGGAAGGUCGACGAACCAUCACAAACAAAGAAAGCAGCGGAACAUAGCCCCAAUACCGUGAGCCGUCCACAUACUCCCGCCGAGAAAACUACUCAACCAGCUGCCAAGGAAGUGAAGACAUCUCCUCCUACUGUUAAAAAGACAAAGUUGGUGCCCAGUCGGCGUCCAGAAACAAAAUCACAAUUGGAAGUUACCAAAGAGGUUCCGCCCGAAACGCACAAGGUAACUCAGGAAACACAUAAGAAAAGUGAGGAAUUGCAUUCGACCACUAAAGCUAAAGAGGAACGUACUGAGCCGCCCGCAGACGCGUUGUCAAAGACCUCGACACCUGAGGAACAGAAAAAGGCAGCAGUAAUACCGCAAUCAACCCCUGCUCCAGAGCCGACACCAGCCAGUGAAUCUACUCCUGCUCCAGAACCAACUCCAGCACUUGAAUCAAAGGGUUUAUCUACUGAAGCAAGGCUGCCUGACACAUCGGAAGUUGAGAAAGAGGCAGCUCGGCGUAAACAGGAAGAUGAAGACAGGCUAGCACUCCAAAAGAAACAGGAGUUAGAACAAGCUCAGAAAAAAGAAAAGGAAAAAGAACAGCUUCUGGAACAGCAGGCCAAGGAAAAGCUUCUGCAAGAGGAGAAGAGUAAAGUAUCAGAACCUGACCCCGAUGAAGGUACAGAAGAUGGUGUGGACGACCCCGAUGCAAUUGACGACCUUACUGAUGAAAUACCAAAUGGUUUGGAUGAUAGUUUUGAAAUAUAAAUUGUUUC